GUGGUUUAUAGUAUUAAAUUUGUCAGUAAACGCUUCAGAAGUUUCAAUCUCCAUUCAUCUCGCAUUUUGCUCAGUCUUGUACAGCAAAUACUGGCAACAUGAAAAUUGCACUCAUCGUACUCAUUGGCGUCAGCUUUGCCAUGGCCGCACCCGUUGAAGAGUCUUCGGUGAAGGAGAAGCGCGGUCUCGCACUGGGUCUAGGCUAUCAUGCACCAUUGCUCACGCACUCCACCACCCACCUAGUGGCACCAACUCUGAUUCACCCAGCACCCGUAUUGCAUGCUCCCAUCGUUCAUGCUCCAAUCAUCACUCAACACGCUCCAAUUAUAACUUCGCAUGCAAUCUCACAUUCGAUUUUGCCCUCCUAUCAGCUGCCAGCUUACUCCACGCUGCACCAUUACAAGUAAAUAGGCCAACAGCAUGAAAUGAAAUCCCUUGUGGGAUUCAAUGCUCAAUCGACAAUCGGUAAAUGGUAGAACAAUUGCUAUAUAACAGCAGCAGCAACAACAGCAGCAACAACAGCAGCAACAAUAAUAAUAACAAUAGAAAUACAAACAGAAAAAAUAAAAACAACCGAAGGCAGCCACAAGUAAACAUCAAUGGGGUGCAAAACAAAAUGUAAGCAUUUCUCAACAAGUGAAAAUAUUAAAAAAUUGCGCGAAAAAAUUGUCUACGACAUUGAUCGUAGUUAUGGAAAAUAAUCCUAGCAAAACAAAGCAAGCAAAAACACAGAAGCAUCAAUAAAAAGGUUGAAAAAUAA